AUGGGCGCCCACGAUGCCGGGAUCCGCCUCAUCGACACCAGGCACGAGACGGUCGCCGUGCAGGCUGCGGAGGGCUAUGCCAAGGUCAAAAACCAGGUCGGCGUGUGCUUCUUCACCGCGAACAGCGGAUUCGGCAACGCAUUGGCUGGGCUCUCGACCGCCAUGGCCGACAGGAGUCCAAUUUUCUGCAUCACAAGCUCGGCACCGCAGCGCGACGCCGAGUUGAACGUCCUGCAGGGGUUCCACGACCAGGUCGUCGUGAGCAAGCCCAUCCCAAGGCUCGUGUCGCAUGCCUUCCACAUGGCCACUGCGGGCCCGACGGGGCCGGUACUCAUCGACUUCCCCAUCGACGUCCUCUUCUCCCCAGUAGACCCCAAGCGCAUUGCGUGGGGUUCCGUCCGGAUGAAGCCCUCGUAUCCGGCCGCUCCACAUCCCGAGGCUACCCAGAAGGCUGUGGAAAUGAUCUCCGCGGCGAAGCGCCCAGUCAUUAUCACUGGCGCAGGAGCAAGGGGCCUCGAAGAAGAUACUGCUUUUCACGAUUUUGUGGCAAAGGCACAAAUCCCCACGUUCAACAGCACCGAGUAUUCUGGUGCUCUGCCCAACAAGCACCCGCUCCGCGGCGGCCUUGCGAACCUGCUCAAUGUUCUUCAGAUGAUCAAUCAUCCUGCUCCGGAUCUUGUUCUAUUGCUCGGGGCGCGUACAGGAUUUUUCUUGGGGAGUCGGGGCUCGCCCUGCAUUCCCCACCCGGACGAAUGUCAAUAUAUCCAGGUGGAUACAGACUCUGGAGAAAUUGGCAGGGCCCAUGAUAUUCACCUCGGCAUCACGUCUGAUCCCAAGGCGGCCAUGGAUGCUCUGUCUAAAGGCCUGAACAGCGUGAACUACACCGCACCAGCGGACUGGGUUAAGACAACGAUGAGUCUGAAAGCUGGGCCAAUGCCCCAGGAACAGGAUGCUGAGGAAUAUGAGCCUGGGAGAGUGCACCCCUACCAUGCAUUGAAGCGGGCCUUCUCAUCCUUGCCCGGGGAUGCAACGCUUUCCAUAGAUGGUGGUGAGGUUGCAAGCUGGUCUCUUAUGACCAGCGAGUUCCUACGCCCGAAGCGAAUGAUUUUUAGCUGUGGUUACCUAGGCUUCCUUGGAAAUGGCUGGGGCUAUAGCUUAGGCGCCAGCAUUGCUGAGCCGGACCGCCUCGUGGUCAACAUCCAAGGCGAUGGCUCCGGCGGUAUGCACCUCGCGGAGCUCGACACCUACGCUCGCUUCGGCGCCAAGGUCCUGACCAUCGUCUGCAACAACCAUUGUUGGGGUAUGAGCGUAGGCGGCCAAGAAAUCAUAUACGGCGCCAUCACGAAGUCCCGCCCGGCUGCCAUACUGUCCCAGGAGAUGAAGUUCAGCACGGUGGCCGAAGGGCUGGGGUCUGCCUCUGAGCGCGUCAGCAAGCCAGCUGAUAUUGAUGCCGCGGUCAAGAGGCUGGCUGAGAGUGCGUUAUCGGGAAAACCAGCCCUCUUGGAGAUCAUCACGAGCUCGCAUCCUAUCCACCCUGGUACGAUUGCUAUGGUUGGCAAUACAGAUGACAAGAAUGUCAUAGUGGUACCAUACUACGACAAUGUGCCAAGGCCUCACUACAACUGA